AUGAUACAGGACAAGGAAGAUGUCAGUGGAAAGCUGAAACCUGAAGUAAUGAUGAUUUCGAACCUGCAAGCAGAGCAACAAUACCUCCGUGACGAUAGAGAUCGCCAGUGCAAUCGGAAGCAUAUGGGUGACAAGGGAAAAAAUAAUGCAGAAAAAGAAGUAGAAGAAGGACAGACUAUAGAAACCCGCGAGCCAUUUAAGCGUCCUUACAACAUAGAGGAGUCCGGCAACUGGAAGCGUCGUAAGACCUCUCCAGAGCCAAACGAUUCCGAGGAAGCGGCUGAGAAUGGCCAUAACGAUGCUAGUGUCAAAGACUGGGUGCAGAGUGUUGACGAGCUACUUGAGGCAGUCGGCUAUGAUAAAGAUGCCUUAGCCGAGAUAAACGAAAAGGACAUAGAAAAGGAAGAUACUGAUGAACAGCCAGUAUCUAAAGUAAAAGUUGAAAACAAUACAAUAACAGAUGAAGAAAACGAAAUAAAAAGCGAAGUAAUGUCAGAAGACGAAAAUCCUCUAUCAAAGCGUAUCACUAGAGGGCGUGGACGUGGACGACGCAGGAAUUAA